UAUACAUAAUGGUCAUGUCUCAAAAAUGAAAAGUCCCAUCCGUCGUGUAACUGUAAGUCGUCGACAAGCGUGACCAGAUGUGCUUGUAAUUUAGGACUUUGAUGAGGGUUUGAACCAUCCUACAUGUCACCAAGCUAACCACCGUCAUACAAGCUUACAGGAGGUGAUCUAGUAACACCAUGGUCUUCUUUACAUGCAACGCUUGCGGCCAGGCCAUCAAGAAAGCACAGGUAGAAAAGCAUUAUCAGCAAAGAUGUAGGAGCUGUGAAGUGCUCUCCUGUAUGGAUUGUGGCAAAGACUUCUAUGGGGAUGAAUACAAACUGCACACCCAGUGUAUAUCUGAAGAUCAGAAGUAUGGAGGCAAAGGUUACCAGGCCCCACAGAACUCUAACAAGGGAGAAGCCAAACAGGAACAAUGGCUGCUGCGUGUAAGAGAAGCUGUUGGAGCGGGAAAUAUCAGCAGCAACAUCAAAAACCUGCUGGAGCAGAUUGCAGAAUAUCCCAACGUUCCCAGAAAAAAGAGCAAAUUUGAGAACUUCGUGAGGAACAGUUUGAAGGUCCAUCACCCAAAGACAAUUGAACAAGUCUGGGAUGUUUUCAGUGCUGCUACAGCUAAACCAGAUGCUUCCAAAUCUACACAGCCAGUACCCAAGGAAACAAGUGAAGCCCAAGGAACAGUUUCUCCCAAUUCUGUCCCUGAUGGAGGUGUCCAAGAGAAAGAAAUGGAGGAAAAGGCUGAAGAAAUGAAAGGCAAGGAUAAAAGAUUGUCUAAACAUUCUGAAACUAGCAAAAGUGGUCAGAAAAAUAAUAUGAAAAAUGCCAAGGCUGGACAGAAGAGAGAGAAGGAUAAAGGAGCAUCAAAACAUUCUGAAAUUGGAGAAAGCAUUCUGGCAAUUGCAUCAGAGAGUAGUGAGGCAGAGACAAUUAAAAAGACAAAGAAGAAGAAAAAGAAGAAAAGCAAAGCAUCAGAGGCUGAAAAUCCUGCAAAUGAGAAAGUCAGUGCAGGGGUAAAAGUGAAGGCUAAAAAAAAGAAAAAAUCCAAAGAUAGGAAUGACUCUAAACCUGCAGAGAACGUGGAAAGUGAUCAGGCGAGUUCUUCAAAGGAGAAAGUGGGUGUCAAGCAGAGCAAAAAGAAUAAGAAGAAGAAAAAAGAUUCCAAAAGUGAUAAAUUACUUAGUUAUAGCGAUGGAGAAGUCAGUUUUGAGUUGAAACUACCAGCAAAAAAGAAAAUAUCAAAGAAAGCGGAUCAACCAAAAUCUGUUGCUAAGGCGACUAAAAGUGUUGUCAACACUGCAAAUGGUUUGGAGGAAGGGGCUGCCAAAAAGAGCAAGAAGAAGAAGAAGAAGAAAGAGAAAAUUAAAAGUGUCAAGAACAAGGGUUUGCUUACUCCAAGCGAGGUGAAAAGGAAAGCAAAGAGUGUCGAACAGAAACAAGCAGCUACAGGAGAAUCGAAGCACAGUGAGAAAAAGGAGGAUGAAGGUUUUGAAAGUACUGGCAACAAGAAGAGUAAGAAGCUAAAAAGGAAAAGAGACAAGGACAUUGAUACAGUUAUUGUGAACAAAAAAGUCAAGUUAGAUGUGAUUGGUGAAACAAAGAAAGCAGGAACCAGUAAAGAUAAAAAGAAGAAAAAACAGAAACUUGGUGUAGGUGAGAAAUUGAAAUCUUCAGUUGGCAGUAUUGAAAUAUUCCCCCUUUCAAAUGGACAUUUAGUGAACACGGACAAAAAGACAGCAAAGAAGAAGAAAUUAGGAAAACAGUUGUCAUCUCUCAAAAUGAAAGACUCGAGGUCCAGCAAGGGGAGAAAUAAACCUGAUGAAAAGCACACCACCCCUGUGAAAAGGAAAAAGAAGAAAGAGAAGAAACUGUCAAGCAAACAUAUGUCACCAUGCAAAAUUGAUACCAGUACUAGUUCAGAUGAGUUUGGGAAAGACCUAAAGGUGAAAACUAAGAAAAAGGCAGGCAAACAUAAGAAAAACAUUGAGUCAAAGAACAGGGAAACAAAUGUGAAGAAGGCUCACUCCAAAAAGAAAAAGAAAGCAGGCUAUGAUGGUUUAGGUUCAAGCGAUAACGCAGGAGAGAUUAGAACUUUGUCAAGUCCAAAGAAAAAGAAAGCAAGGUCUGAUGUAAGUUCAAGUGAUAACGCAGGAGGGAUUAGAACUUUGUCAAGUCCAAAGAAAAAAAGAAAGGCCAAUGUGUCACAAAAUGCUGCCUCAGACCACAGCAACAACUCAGACAAGCCUGCCUCAAAAGAUAGCGCAAAUGGCAAGACCAAAAAGAAAAAAGUGUUGCCACCUGACAAGAAGUUGAAAGGAGACAAGAAAAAGUCGAAGAAGCCUUUGGGUGUUAUCUUUCCAUGUAGCCCAGGCAGCAAUAUCACAAGUUUUGAGCUGAUUGGGAAUCAACUUGUAGUGCAUGUGAAGAAAGUUCGGACGCAUGGGCAAACAAACGUUCAGCACGGAGAUCAGAAGGUAUUGCAAGAUUCUUCAGCCGAGCCGUUGCCACAGAAAGUAACCAAGACCUCCUCACACUUGGACUCCACACCGAAGAAAGUUAAAAAGAAGCAAAGCGACAGUGAUGGAGAUCUAGGACAAUGGGGAGAGACGAACAUCGAUGGGAAGGAAGUGAAGAAGAAGAAGCGUAAGCAUGAGGAGACUAAUGGCCAACCUGGUGAUCAAAACGGAACCUCUUCCACAGAGCCUCCUUCACCGAAGAAAGCAAAGAAGACUUCCAAAGAGAAAAGAAAGAAGACUUCAACAGAGAUACCCGAGGAGACUGCUACAGAGAAAGUAGAGGAAACUUCCAUGGAAUCUUCAACGAAGGAGGUCAAGAAGAAGAAGAAGAAGCAGGAGAUUAGCGGUGAUGGGGAUCAAGAAUCAUCAGAUGUCAAAAAGAAGAAGAAGCGCAAACACAAGGAAACUAACGGCCAGCUCGCUGAUGUAAGUGGAAAUUCUUUGGCAGAGACUUCACCAAAGAGAGUCAAGAAGAAUCCCAUAGAGUCUUCACCAGAGAAAGCCAAGAAGAAGAAGAAGAAGAAGCAGAGCAGUGGUGAUGGCGAUCAAGUAGCAUCGAGUGAGAUGAACGGAAGCGAGCAGGCAGGUAAAAAGACCAAAUCCGAGCGGAAAGAACAUGCAUCAAGCAAUAAAACCAAAGUAGCCAACGGUUUGACUUCUCUGCCAAGUGUUCCUAGUGACGAUUCAGCCACGAGCAAAAAGAAAAAGAAGAGCAAAGAAAGUACUUUAAUCUCUGAUUCCAGCAAACCAGAUGCACUGAGCAUUGACGGGUCAAAGAAGACGAAGAAGAAAACCAAGAAGGAAAAGCGUGAUUCUGGAUCGGAAAAGGGAAGCCCAGUAAAAACUGGAACAAAGUUAAAGAAGCAAGGGGUUGUUGUGAAAUCUAUGGAAGAGGAAAAUGGGCUUGGGACUACGGAGGUUAAGAAAUCUAAGAAAGGCUCUAAGAAGUCUAAGGAUCCUAACAAUAAUCCAUUGUCUUUCAGUACCAUAUCGCCUAGCAACAAAUCCAUCAAGACCAAAUCAAAAUCAGAGAAAUCCCCAGAAAAGAAGAAAAAGUCUCAUAAAAAGGAUAAGUCUGAAGAAUCUAGUGAUAAGUCGGGUAUAGCUGAAGCAAAAGAUGAGGUAAAGAAAGUUAAGAAAUCAAAGAAAGUGAAAGUUAAAUGAAAGAUAGAAAGCAACGUGAGAGGAUGAAAGGCAGCAUUGUUAUGAAAUUUAAGAUGAUGAGAGAUGAAAUUUGAGUGAAAAAAUCGAGUUGUGAAAGUAAAGGAACAAACUAAAAAUUAAAAAGGAAACCGAGGCAAUCAUGAAUUUGAAGAUAGUUGUGUUUUGUCAUAUUUUCUUCCUAUCAUUCCUUGUAUACUGGAUUUUGUACUAUCUAUCUUCAUUAAAAAAAAUAUAGGCCUGAAGUUACAAUGGUGUUUUAAGUAAGCUUUUAAAUGCUCUUAGAUUUACUGUGAGUGACUAAAAAGGACAAACUCACUGACAACACAAAUGGUCAAAAUGCAGGCAAAAAAAAGAAACUAUUUUUCUGUUUACCUGUCUAUCCUACAUUUUUUGUAGUUCUUUGUAUCUGCAUUUUAACUUUUUGUGAAUAGGCCCAAUGAUUCAAAAGAGAUACAUGUAUAUAUUUUAAAGUUUUGGAAACAAAGUUGAAAUGUACAGUACUCCAGUAUCACAAACACAAUUAAACAUGCAUUGUAUGCAAAUUUGCAGAUUAAGUAUAUUUUCUGAUUUAGUGUCACUACCUCCUGCCAAAUAUGAUGCAAAUAUUUGUAUCCCUUGAUAUUCCUAACAUGUAAAAGGACAGUAUUUAUACAUUUUGAGUAUUCAUCUUUGAAUAGUACUGACAGUAUGUGGAAUGUAGUUUCACACCUGGCACUGUUCUUUGUAUGGGCUAAAAUUACACCCCCCCCCCCUCCCCUUUUAAGUAAAUUUUCACACAGUCCAUCACUAAAAUGAUACUGAAUGCUUUAAAUCAUGAACAAAAUAUGUUAUGGAACGCUAUCAUGUACAUGACAAUUGAAGCUCUUUUUCUUCUAUGCUCUGCUUAUUUAAACAUAAUGAAAUAGCUUGCCUACUUUUUCGUCAAUUGUGAAAAGUCUGAAAAAUCUUUUCUGCACCAUUUAAGAUUUGUUAUGCAUUCAUUGCUUUGUUUUAGUGACAAAGUGAAAGCUCAAAUGGAACUGAUUUAACUGCUGCUAUUUAAUUUUUAAAUUUUGUUUUCAUUCCAUGAUGUAUAAUUCCAUGUAGAUAUUAUGGUUUAAUUUCAAUUAAAGCCUAUUAAUCAGUUUAAUGAAUUUUUACUAGUAGUAUUCUUUGUUGAAUGAAAUCUCCUUUUGAAAUUAUCUGCACAUAUUGUGAUUUGCUUUGUUUGACGGUACUUCAAUCCUGAAAGACUUUUAUGUGUACAUAAUAAUUUUUUUAAACAAUUUUGUUUGUGCCAAAUUCAAUGCUACUCGGAGGUUACAUGUUUUGCAAUGAGUGUUCUGCUAUAACUGGGAUAUUUAUGUAGUCUUUUACCUGUGUACCAUGUCUUUGAUUUAGAAUACUGGUUUUGCAUAUAGGAAUUUUCAAGUUUUUAUUGUAUCUUGCUGGUUAACCACAUGGACCAUGGAAAUAACAAUAAUAAUAAUAAAUGUAACUUAUAUAGUGCCAAAUCCACUCUGUGGAGUGCUCAAGGCGCAUGUAGAAACAAUUAAGAAUUAAACAGAAGCAUUUUUACAUGAUUUUUAAAGGAAUCAGAGGUUAUCCAAUUUUUGAUGAGGAAGGCUAUGCCAUAUAAAGGUAGGACACGCGUGAGCAAGGGAACCAGAAGUGGAUGAGCAUUAAGAUCUCGUGGGGGUGUAAUUUUGGAUUAAAGUAAUAUUGUAGUAUUGGGGAGCAGAACUGUGAAUGGAGUGAAAAGUGAGCAAUCAAAUCUUGAAAAUAACUACCUUGUUUAAUAUAUCAGGAACUUUGUUAUAUCAGGGUUUAAAAAAAAAGAAUAUAAAGAGCUGAGACCAGCAAUAUCACCUUGUUAUAACAGAUACAUGAACCUCAUUAUGUCAGAGGUUCUACUGUAUUAUUGUAUUAUUCCUGUUCCUUUUUGCAGAAGACUUCAUGCAUAUUCUUCAAUUGUGUUGAUGAAGUUGUGAAGAAAAUUGAAUAUCACUUUGAACGUCAUGAAUAAGAGGGAUUUUUCUUCUAUUAAAAAAUUUAAAUGUAGACCAGAAGAAACUACGCCAUGCAAGUUGAAAAAAAGUAAAUGUAGAAAUUCUAUAUAAAAAGAUUGCAGGCAGAAAGCAAUCAGAACCGUUCUGAUUUUGUCUGAUUUUUGUACAUGACAUGUGAUUUUAUCCUUUUUCCUGAGCUUUUCAAAGCAUUACCGGUAUGUCUUAAUCUUUGCUUCUGUGUGCUGGUUACCCGGUAUAUGUUAUUUUGCCCAUCUCAAUUGCAUCUGUUAGUACAGCUUGAAAACUGAAAUAUUCUUGUGGUAUCCCUGUACAUACUUGUAGAAGUGUAUUCAAGUCGUUCAAAGAGAAAUGCUGCAUCUUUUUCAAAGGGGUCUGAUCGUUAUGGCAAUGGUUAAUUGGAAGAGGAUGCCGUUGCCUCCAAAUCUCAUGGUAUGCUAGCAUUUAUGUAUCCCGUGCUCGACUUGCAGAGGCCUGUGUGGAAAAAUAGAAACUAAAGAAGCACUUUUGUGCAUAUUUUGUGUGUAUGUUCUGUUCAAUAUUUUAAUUUGCCCAAUUUAUAAGUAGAAAUAUCUUGUGGCUCACUGUGAUAAUAUUUGUUAAAGAUUGACACUCCUCAUUUCAUUAUUUGAUUCUAAAACAUUGAUGGUCCCUAUGCUAGAGGAUCAAACAUUUGUAAAACGUUAAAGGCCCACUGUACUACUUGUAGCUAUUUGCUCCCUCUAUAUAGAAAACAAUGCCUAAUCGGUGA